AUGACUGCUCUACCUAUCGACGUGAAGUCAACUGUUGACUCCACCGACAAGCUCACAGAGCUUCUUUGGCAGGAUGCUUUGCGUCAUCUCGAGUCUACGAACAACGAAGUCCUCUUGCCAAUUAAUAUCACCGACUUGAUCGGCCAGCGUAAUGUCGACAAAAUAAAGUCCCGUCUUGGUGCUCUCAUUGGCGCUCCUGUUGUGGCUUUCGUUGACGAGUCUAUCAACGCCCUUCGUGUCAUGCGCACCCCAGCCUUUUCAGGCACGAAUGUUUCAGUUGCGUCUCAUGAUAUAAUGCUCAAUUUGGAAGGGGAAACUACUGGGUUUCCCGCGAAAAUGCAAGGAAAGUCUUCUUUGCCUACGAAAUCCGCCAAAGUCCCUCGCCCGCCCAAUGCCUUCAUCCUAUAUCGUCAGUACCAUCAUUCUCGAGUCAAAGAAGCAUAUCCUGCUUUUUCCAACAAUGAGAUUUCUGUAAUAUUGGGAAAGCAGUGGAAAGCCGAACCCGAUGACGUAAAGGUGCAGUUUCGGCAGCAGGCCGAGGAACUGAAGAAGAAACAUGCCGAAGAACACCCAGACUACCACUACUCUCCUCGCAAGCCCUCUGAGAGAAAGCGCCGAGCUUCCUCACGCCAGCAUCACAAGACCAGCCAGUGCGCCAAGUCUCCCCUGUCGGCCAACAAAGCCUUAAAUGUGUCGACCCCCACUAUGUAUCCUGAGAUAGAGAUGGGCAUGCCUGUAGACAAUAUCUUAGACCCCUUAAACAUGAUUAUACCUUCUGAGCAGUUUGACUUUGAUUCAGCGACAUUUAAUAGUCUGAUCCAGCAGGUGCACGAGGACUACAACAAGGCAAAUCUGUUCCCCCCGCAUAUGAGCGAGUCUUUGGAAUUCUCUGAUUUUAUCACCGAUUGCUACUGA